AUGGACGCCGCCGACGACGGCGCCAGCACCGGCGCCUACUGCUACAUCGAAGGGAACCAGGUGUACUGCGUGCCCCUCGAAGAGUACAACGGCCGCAAGGUCGUCGACAACGCCGCCCUGCGCGUCGACGUCCUGGACGUGUUCCCGAAUAAGCUCCAUUUGAAGAAGAACUUGCUCUAUCUGUUGAACAAUCCGCUGCUUUCCGACGCUGAAAACGUUUCUGGGUUGGUCUCGGGGACGGAGCUGGAAGACGACGCCCCCCACGCUGAAAACAACAAUAAUAAAGGCGAGCUGAGCCACGCCCUCUAUUUCCCGAAAUACGUGCUCAACCUUCAAGAAAACCUCGAUACCAACUUUGCCGAGCUCAAACAGUUGCUUGCCAAAGUGAUGCUGUGGGAUUCAAGCGAUGAUGUUAGUGUGGAGAGGCUUACCGGCGGUAUCACCAAUAUGUUGCUUAAGUGCCACCACAAGCCGCUGGGGAGACAAUUGUUGUGCCGGGUGUAUGGCCACGGUACCAAUCUAAUUAUUGAUCGCCACCGUGAGUUUGUUUCUCAGCUCCAUUUACACGCCUUGGGGUUGGCUCCCCCCGUCCACUGUCGGUUCAAAAAUGGCGUUAUCUACGGGUUUUUCCCUGGACGACUGCUUAAACCUAUUGAGUUGCCCAACCCCCACAUCUACCCUCUAGUGGCUGAGCAGUUAGGCCUUUGGCACCGGCGGAUUGACACCCACUUGAUUGAAGUUGGCGUGGCCAAAGUGCGCCAGUUUCUGAAGCGGAAAGACCCGAGAAAGAAAGAAGGCAAACGGAAACCGAAAAAGCGGUUUAUCUCAAAUGUGUGGGAGCUCAUCGAGGAGUGGAUUGCCAUCGUCCCCGUGCGUACAGAACUCGUGGAACUGUUCGCCGACCACCUCCCCGGUGUCGAAGUGCUGGCGGAAAACAUCAAGGAGGUCAUUGCCGCCGAGUUUGCCUGGGUGAGAAAGACGCUUGGGUCGCUGGCGCUGCCGGUAGUGCUGUGCCACUGCGAUCUCCUUUCGGGGAACGUGAUUAUCCCCGCCAACUACACAAUUGCCGAGGCGCUGGCGCCGGUGCCGCCUCUCCCUAAACCCGAGGAUAACCCGAUUCGUUUUAUCGACUACGAGUACAUGUUGCCUGCCCCCAGAGCGUUUGACAUCGCCAACCACUUGGCGGAAUGGCAGGGGUUUGACUGUAACCGCGACGCCAUUCCUGUGCCCAGCAAGCUGAACCCGGUGAUGAGGCAAUUUGUAACCGGUUACCUCCAAGGCGUGGCCACUGAUAAAGACAUUGACGGUCUCAUUGACGAGAUCCAGGCGUUCUACGGGCUCCCCGGUUUCUACUGGGGGAUCUGGGCGAUGAUCCAGCUGGAGAUUUCCAAUAUCGACUUUGAGUACGCCAAGUACGCCGCGGCGAGACUCGACGAGUACUGGCUGUGGAAACAGGCCUACACCGCGAAGAGUGAGUGA